AUGGAGUCUCUAGAAAGAAGUUCCCUUGUGAAUGAUAAAGUAAAAAAAAUAUAUAGUUUUCAAAUCAAGAGUCUGGAACUCCAGCAGAGCCCUGCAAAUAGCGAUCAGAGUCCAGAAGCAAGAUCAGAGGAGCUGGAGCAGGGCGACAUCUAUCACUGCCACAGCAGCUCCAAGGCCGCAGAGAACAGGGCAAAAGAGCAGGCACUUGCCAGGUGGAAGCUGCGCGCCGCUUUGGUGAUAUGCCUGCUCUGCAUGGCCGCAGAGGUCGUGGAUAAUCAUAUUCCGGGAGUCUUUGCCGUGGUCACAGAUGCUGCCCAUCUCUUGGUGGACCUGACAAGCUUCCUGCUCAGUCUGUUUUCCCUGCGGCUGUCCUCAAACCCCUCCAGAAGGCUGACGUUUGGGUGGCACCGAGCAGAGGUCCUUGGUGCCCGGCUGUCCAUCCUCCUCAUCUGGGUGAUGACUGGUGUGCUGAUAUACCUGGUGAGUGUACGCCUGCUGCACCCCAACUGCCAGAUCCAAGCCACCUUGACAAUCAUCAUUUCUGGGUGAGCAGUGGAGGCCAAUGUUGUAAUAAGUGUACUUUUGCACAAGGGAUGCCUUGACCACAAUCACAAGGAAGGCCGAGCUAAUGCCAGUGUCACCACUUUUGUGCAUGCACUUGGGGGUGUGUUCCAGAGCGUCAGCAUGCUAAUCAGUACCAUUAUCAUCCACUUUAAGUUCCAUUCCUGGUGCUCCCUGAGUAACUGCAGCCUCCCACUCCUUUCUUCCCCUGGAAUACCCAAAGGCCUGACUUACAGUGAUGUGAAAGAGCUCAUUCUAGCUGCCUAUGGUGUGUCCUCUGUGUACAGCCUGCACAUCUGAGGUCUAAUGAUGAACCAAGUGAUCCUCUCAGUGCAUGUUGCUACAGUGGCCAGCUGGGACAGCCAAAUUGUUCAGAAAGGGUUGGCCCGAGCCCCCAGCAAUAGCCUCAUGGUGCACUCCCUCAUCAUUCAAAUGGAGUCCCCAGCUGGCUAAGACCCCAACUGCCUUUUCUGUGAAGAUCCCCAGGGCUAG